ACUUUCUCGCUCUUUCCCAGAAAAAUAACAAUUUUCCCUCAACAGAAAAGUGAUUUUCCUACGACAAGAUUCCUCAUUUUCCCAAUUAUCCAAGAUACCUCUCCAAAGACUUCUCUUGGAGAUUCAUAAACAGGGUUUUGAGAAUUUUGCCUAUAAAGUGACUAACCCUUAAGCCCUGUCUUUCUUCAUCUUUGUAUCAGCCUUUGAAAAACAGGGCCUUUUUUUAAGAGAAAGUAGUUCCUUUGAUCACUAACAUCAUUUUCUUGGCAUUCAAGAAACGGGUUUUCAAGAUUUUCCCUGGAAAGUGACUAUAGAUAAUCUUCUUACUCGAAGUAGCCAACAAUGUGGACCCACAUUGAUAAGAAGUUCUCGACACCGCCUCCAACUUUGAGGAAGCAAAGACCGCCGCCAUCUCCGUUGUCGGAAAGGAAGAAACUGUCACCGAUGAAGGCCAAAGAUGAUCUCUUUCGUGUAAUUCACAAAGUGCCUGCUGGUGAUUCUCCUUAUGGGAAGGCUAAACAUAUUCAGUUGGUAGACAAAGAUCCAAGCAGGGCAGUUUCAAUGUUCUGGGCUGCAAUUAAUGCUGGGGAUCGAGUUGACAGUGCUUUGAAAGACAUGGCAGUUGUGAUGAAACAAUUGAAUCGAUCGGAUGAGGCAAUCGAAGCGAUCAAAUCUUUUCGUCAUCUCUGCCCUUACGAUUCUCAGGAGUCUCUUGACAAUAUUCUUAUCGAACUUUACAAAAGGUCUGGCAGAAUUGCAGAAGAGAUAGAAAUGCUUCAGUUCAAACUGAAAAAGAUUGAAGAAUGUAUAGCUUUUGGUGCAGCAAAGACAAAGUUGGCAAGGUCACAAGGGAAGAAAAUUCAAAUAACUGUAGCACAAGAGAGAUCAAGAAUUCUAGGAAACUUGGCUUGGGCUUAUUUGCAGCAAAAUGACUAUGAAAUUGCUGAACAGCAUUACAGGAAAGCUCUGUCCCUUGAGGCAGACAAGAACAAGCAGUGCAAUCUCGCAAUCUGCUUGAUGCAUAUGAACAGGAUGACUGAAGCAAAAUCUCUGCUUCAAGCAGUAAAAGCAUCAGCUGGAAAUAAGCAAAUGGAUGAAUCCUAUGCUAAAUCUUUUGAUCGUGCUGUUCAUAUGCUGACUGAGUUAGAGUCAUUAUCAGUGGUAGAAAGAAGUGAGAAGCAGCAUAAAAAUGACAAUGAGGAAAACCAAAGACCUUUUGGAUUGCCUGCUGACAGAGACUUGAAUUUAGUUGAUGGCUUAAACUAUGGUGGUCCAAAUCCUGUAUCUAAUAUCAACACCUCUAGAAGCAUGGCAGAUGAACAUGAUGAAGUGGUGCCAUUAAAUGAACAAGAUAGAACAUCUUACUGUCAAAAUCUCCACAAGAAUAUGAACAGAGUCUUUGGAUAUGACAAAGGGAGUUCAAAAUGCAUGCCAUCUGGAUCAGCAGCAACUUCACAAUUUUCUCCACACUCUAUGUUUGUUAAUAAUUGGAGGAAAGGUUCCUAUCUUCAAAACCAAAGUGGAAAGUCUGGCUUUUCUGGUACUAUGAAGGAACAUUGGGUUCGUUCAGCUGGAAUAGGAGUAAGCUGUGUACAGCAAGAGACAUAUGCUUCCCCAUCAACUGUUAAAAGCAGUUCUGAAUUCCCAUUUACACAAACACGGAGACCUUUGUGGGGACUUGCUGACGGGGAACAGAAAAUCAAUAGAUGGGGAAAUAGUUAUGUGUCAUCUGACCAAACUAAACUCACAGAUAAUGUGGUUCUAUUUACACAACCAAAAAUAUCAUCUUCAGACUUGGCAGAGCAGAGAAGGGGAAAAUGGGGAGAGAAAGCAGUUGGCAGUUCUGUUCGCAAACUAUUGUUUGAGCAAGCUAUAACCACCGAAAAUGUACUCCAGAAUGCUAACGGAGAACUAUUGGUUUCAACAAAUGAUAAAUCACUUAAAGAAUCUGAAAGUGCUUCCACUUCACCUACUGGUGAAGACUGGAGAAGGAAAUCUCUGAAAGGUUUUGCUCAGUUGAAAAAUGAAGCAGCAGUAGAAUCUCCUUCUCAACCAAAGCCUUCUUACUGGGGAAAUGAUGGGUUUGCUCAAACAAAAGAUGAUACUGUGGGCAGAAGCUGGACAACAAGUACUUGGCAAAACAAUGAUGAUAAUACAACUUUCGUUGGUGAUGAGACCUCUGAAAUGUCUUAUGCCCUUCAUCCAUUCAUUGCAGAACCAAAGUCAACCCAGGAUUGCAUUGCAGCUCAAGGUAAAAGGAGUUGGGCUGAUAUGGUUGAAGAAGAGGAAGAGGAAGAAGAAGAGUCAUUAUCUGAUAGAAUUUCAAGAGUAGGUUUGGAUGGUUGGAAUACAGGAGAAGAACAUAACGACGAAAAUAUUAACUCAAAUGUAAUUUAUCCAAGUGCUUGUCCACAGACUCAGAACAUAAGCCAAAAACUCAAAGACUCCAUGGAUUUCCAGAAGGGAAAUGGUACAUCCAGAAGUGCUGUUGUUUCGUCACAGAAUCAAACAUUGCAACAUUCUUUGUGUUUUGGUCAGUACCAGAGGCCAAACAUGGGCUUGAACUCUGUGCCACUGAAGGAUAAUGAUUUUUUUUCCAGGAAGAACUUUAAUAUUAAGACAAGAAGCAGAUUGCAGGUUUUCCAGGACAUAACGCCUUUUCCUGACAGUCCAUGAGCUCAAGCAGAAGUAGUUCAUUCUGGAGCUUUUAUUUGAAUUUGAGUUUGAUGUAGAGUGUCAUAUAUUCUUUACUUUCUUUCACACAUGUUCAGAAGUUCAUUGUCUUUCUGCUGCGUAUAACAUUGCAUAUCUGUAUAUAACAUAUAGAACAGUGUUGUGAAAUAUGAUUGAAGAAAUAUACAAUUUUGUUUCA